AAACAAUGUACAUGUCAUGUCUUAUUACGUACUUAAAUUUUGCAGGUAAGCCAAUAAUUGUGGCAGAUGGUAAAACACUUGACGGUCAACCCACGGAUCGCAGACUGCUACCCCUUCUAACUGGAGUUUGAGCACAAUCCAACGCCGCCAUGCAACGUUCCGCGCGUUCCAUCAACUCCCGAAUGUUCGCGCUGGCCGCUCUGAACAUGGGAUUCGGUAUGAUUAGCGCGUCAUUCAAAUUUUACUACGUGAAGGUGUUCCUGAAUGUCUACCAUAUACAAGAGGGAUGGUUUCAGGUUGCCCAGACGUUGUUUCUCAUUUGGAACGCCAUCAAUGACCCGUUGUUUGCCUACCUUCAGGACAGUACAAACUUCCGGUUCACGAAAACACGACGGGAAAGUGUGCUGUACGCCGCACCGCUGUUCGCGCUGUCUUAUCUUGUGCCGUGGUUCCCCUGGGGAGACCCGGCCACCAUGGCCCCCUGGGUGACGGGCAUGCACCUGAUCGUGGCCCUCUGCUUCUGGGACACAAUGUUCACGUAUGUCGGUCUGGCGGCCUGCUGCCUUUUUACCGAGAUAUCCAAGGAUGAGAACGAGAGACUGCGAAUGGUGAAGUACGGCCAGAUCGGAAGUGUGCUGGGUUCGUCCAGUAUCCUCAUUCUCCAGUACAUGUCUGACCAGCUAGAGAACUUUCAGGCUUUUCAGAACACCUGCAUCGUGAUAGCGAUUAUAAGUUGUUUGCUGAUGCGAUAUUGUGGUAAACACGCCCACACUGCUCAAGAUAUCGAGCACCAAGACCAAGUUCAGAAAGGGAACACACCUGAAUUGAAAUCACAGGAGUUUUCAUACUUUGUGUUAUCGAAGCAAAUCAUGUUAAACAGGGACUUUCUGGCAUUUGUGGUGACGAACUUUUUCCAAGAAUUUCACCGUACAUUCCUAUCGAACUUCUUCGCCAUAUUCUGCGACCAACUCAUCGCUAAUGGUGCCAUUUCACCGUUUGUCCGCAAUGUCUUCUAUGGGACGCAUCGAACGUUUGCCAAGCUGAUUUUGAUACUGGGUACGCCGGUUGUGAGGCGGUUCGGGUACUUCCGGCUGAUCCGGACAAGUCAGGUGUUGAGUAUGGUGCUGGGCCUCGCCUUCCUGAUCCUGGGGCCCAUCAACCACUGGUGUAUCAUGGCGUUCUUACUCAUUGACUGUUGCCUGGCGGACAGUGUGUUCGGACUAUUCACUCUCCCUCUGUCAGACAUCGCAGACAAAGAUCUCGUGCGCUACGGACGCAGACACCCAGUGACGUCAAUGGUAUUUGGCAGCAACGCGCUCGUGGUGAAGCCCGCCAUUUCUCUAUCGCCGAUGUUUGUCGUCUGGAUGCUGAACAAGUACGGCUACGAACAGCUGAACAAGGACUCGCUGGGCCCGGCGGAGACGGCGUCCCUGCACCAUAUCAUGUUCCUGCUGCUGUGUAUGUAUCCGCUCGUGCUCGGGUGUAUCCAGUUCGUGGCCUGGUCAUUCUAUUCCAUCAGGGAGAAGAGCGAUUAAGCUAAUAAUGAAGUCGGGAACUAGCCACUGUGGAAACAUAUUCAAACAGUCAGGGUUGCUAUCUUUUGAAGACAGGUGCUAUUAUCAUCUUUCAUUACUUGUUUUCAAAAGUAUGAAAAGUUUGACUCCUUCGUACUUCACAGAACACAGGCAUCUGAAUCAUUGUUUGUCACUAAAAUAUUGUUUAAAACCAUUUUGGGUACAUACAA